CUGGAGCAGUCUAUCUCGCAAGCCACGUCCUUCUUAAACAUAUCUGAUCAUCAUCGAACCUCCCCCGAUGCGUACGGAUCAUUAACCUUAUCAGAUUGAAAGGCCGCCCCAACUGUACGUGCUUGAGAAGGCCGCACCCAAAAGAUGAAUAGUGCGACGAAGCGUGCUUUGACCCGACAUGUUCGAACAUAUCAGUGUCGAAACCUACGGAUAGGGUCGCACCGAUGCUCCUCGACAUUUGAUCAAAGGCAGUGGUCUACACCACUCGCGAAAACACUAGCGAAUGCGAUCAAGGUCACAGGGCCGAUCCCCAUCGCGGCCUUCAUGCGCCAAGUUCUCACUUCUCCAGAGGGAGGCUAUUACACAACUCGGCCUGAGGGCGGCGGCGAAGUCUUCGGAAAGAAGGGCGAUUUCGUAACCUCGCCUGAAAUCUCACAAGUCUUCGGGGAGUUGGUGGGUAUAUGGACUAUUACAGAAUGGAUGGCCCAAGGGCGGAAACGCAGUGGUGUACAACUCAUAGAGGUUGGACCGGGGAAGGGCACACUAAUGGACGACAUGUUACGCACGUUCAGGAACUUCAAGAGCUUUGCGUCGAGUGUCGAAGCUAUCUAUCUGGUUGAAGCUAGCCCGACGUUAAGAGAGGUCCAGAAACAGCGACUUUGCGGUGACGAGGCUAUGGAGGAGACGGACAUUGGUCACAAGAGCACCAGCAAGUAUUUCAAUGUCCCGGUGAUCUGGGUAGAGGACAUUCGAUUACUGCCUCAUGAGGAAGACAAAACGCCAUUCAUAUUUGCCCACGAAUUCUUCGAUGCACUUCCAAUCCACGCUUUCGAGUCCAUCCCCCAGCGCCUGAGAAUCACUGCACCAACCCAUGAAACCCGCCAAUACCCCCAGUGGCGCGAGAUCAUGGUUACAUUGAAUCCCAAAGCAGUCGAAGAGAAUAUCGAAGGCGAGCCCGAAUUCAAGCUGACACUAGCCAAGGCAUCGACUCCGUCUUCUCUCGUGAUCCCGGAGAUCUCAGAGCGCUACCGGAAGCUCAAGUCUACACCAGGUUCUACGAUUGAAGUCAGUCCAGAAAGCCGCAUAUAUGCAUCCGACUUUGCUCGUCGCAUUGGCGGUUCGUCGCAACCGCCUCGAACUGUGGGCUCGCGGAAUGCACCCGCCGCGCUGCCGAAGAAGGUACCAUCUGGAGCAGCGCUGAUCAUGGAUUACGGAACGAUGUCGACCAUCCCUAUUAAUUCGCUCCGCGGGAUCCAGCAUCAUCGGAAUGUGCCGGCGCUUUCGUCGCCGGGCCAGGUCGACGUGAGUGUUGAUGUUGAUUUCAUGGCUCUUGCGGAGGCGGCAAUUGAAGCUAGUGAGGGUGUUGAGGUUCACGGACCGAUAGAGCAGGGAGAUUUCCUGCAGGUCAUGGGCAUUGCGGAGCGGAUGCAGCAGCUGCUCAAUGGAGUCAAGGAUGAAGAGAAGCGCAAGACUCUCGAAACGGGGCGGGGCGGCAUGGGAAAGCUCUACAAGUUCAUGGCCAUCAUUCCGGAGAAUGGUGGGAGAAGGAGACCUGUUGGAUUCGGCGGGACUGUUCAGAUGUAAUAUUGUAGUAAUACCUGCGAUUCUUUCUGCGUACUUAUUAAGAC